AUGACCGCCAUCUUAGACAGUUUGGAGUCCACACCCACCGACGACUCUGCGGCAGAUGACGACAAGACAAAGGACAAGCCAGCUGACGAUUCCGCGGCAGAUGACGACAAGAUAGAGGGCAAGCCUGCUGAUGACGUACAGGAAUGUCAGCUGACCCCGGAGCAAGAGGAGGAGCUUGAAGAUCUACUGGAGGCGGAGCUUGGGGCGGAGCUUGAAGAAGAGCAGGAGGCGGAGCUUGAGCAGGAGGCGGAGCAGGAGGCGGAGCUUGAAGCAGAACAGGAGGCGGGGCUUGAGCAGGAGGCAGAGCAGGAGGCGGAGCAAGAGGCGGAGCUUGAACAGGAGGCGGAGCUAGAGCAGGAGGCGGAGCUUGCCAAGUACUUGGAGAAUGAGGAGGCUGCAGAGCAGCUGGGGGAAACCACAGACGCGCUGCCUUUGGAGGUCGAUCUUGAGUGA